UAUUGGUACAUCAACUUCAGUGCCGUGUUUAGUUCAUUAGGUUAACGAUGGCGUAUUCUCGUUCUUCUACGGACGACCCUAAGACUCACUUUCUCACUGGUAUUCCUGAUGACUCUAUAUCGCAUAUUAGAUGGAGCCAUUCAUCUAAUCCGUUACUGCUUUCAGCGGGCAGUUGGGACAAGACGGUUCGUCUUUGGCGCAUAAGUCCUAACAUUGGCAACACUCUUACAUCUGACUGUGUGGUUUUAUAUCGUCAGGAGGCUCCUAUAUUGACGAGUUGUUUUUCUGAUGACAAUACAAAGUUUUUUGCUGGUGGUUGUUCCAACACUGUCAUGGCUUAUGACCUUGCGAGUCGUAACGCUACUGGUGUUCUUGUAGCUCGUCAUGACAAGCCUGUGACUAGUAUUUAUUGGGUUCAGAAGUACAAUGCUUUACUGACUGCUAGUUGGGACGGCCGUGUUUGUUUAUGGGACGGUCGUCAGAGUAUGCCUGUAUGGUUUGACAAUGUCGAUGCUAAGAUUUUUGCAUUUCAUUUUCGUCCUAAUGUGGCAUGUGCCGGUUGCCAUAAUGGAAAGAUAUUUGUUUGGAACCUUGAUGACAUUCAGCAUGCUAAGAACCGUGUUAUGUUCGAUUCUACACUAAGGUGUCAGAUUCGUUCUAUAUCGUUAUUCCCCAAUCUAACUGACAAGGGUGGAUUUAUAUACAGUUCGAUUGGUGGUCGUGCGGUUGUGAAGCACUUUGUGGAGGUGAAUCGCGAUUCUACUUUUACUUUCAAGUGUCAUCGUCAAGAACUUCAGAACAAGGGUGGCCAGAUAUAUUCUGUGAACGCCAUUGACUUUCACAAUAACCAUGGUACCUUUGUCACUGGUGGUGGUGACGGUAACUUUGUUAUUUGGGACAAGGACAAUCGAUCUCGUUUGAAGCAGUUUAACAACGUUGACGCUCCCGUUGUUGACGUGAAGCUGCAUUCUGACACUACUAUAUUGGCUUAUGCGACUAGUUAUGACUGGUACAAGGGUUACAACCAGGAUUUACUUAUGAAGACUCGUAGACAGAUUGGUGUGAUGCAGUUACGUAGUGAAGAUUUCAAGCCUCGUCCUAAGACUGUUGGCGGCGGUCGUCGUUAACAUAUUUAUUUUUCG